UUUAUUGCAAAAUCCCUAGAAAAACAAUAACUUUUUUUCAUAUGGGAAAAAAAUUAAAAUAAUUACCAAUAAUUAUCGUUUUAAUUGUGUAUUUAUGAGCGAUAAUUACUAAAUGCUUUAUGUAGUUAAUUUAAUUAAUUUAAUAUUAGUUAGUUAAUGCCAAUUUUUUGACUGAAUUAUAAAAAAUAUUACUAUAUAAAAGUAGAUCAUCUUAACAAUAAGAUCAGUUUUUUACAAACGGUCAAUUCGCUUUAACUUCGAAAUGUUUUUGAAAAUAGUUGCGAUUCUAAUAUUUUCAGUGUGUUCGAGUACUAAAGCGGGUUUUCCUGAUGAUCCUAAACCUUGCAAAUAUGCGGAUUCGGAAUGUAUAAAAGGAGUAAUUGAUUCAAUGUUUAAGAAUAAAUUGGACGGCGAUGACUCAAUAAAUUUGCAAUCACUUAAUCCAUUGAAUGCUAAUACCGUUCAUAUACAUCAGGGUGAAGAAAGUCCUGUUAAUUUGGAUUUGGAGCUGAAAAAUAACCAUAUAUAUGGACUUGAAACUCUCAAGGCAAUUAAAGUCAAAGGUUUCGGCAAAGAUUUAACUGGUAAACAUGGCAUUAAGUUACAUUCCGAUUAUAUGAGCCUAGUUGGUGAUUAUGAUAUUGAUGGUAAAAUUUUGAUAUUACCCAUUAAGGGUACGGGUAAAUCGAAUAUAACUAUGGUUGAUGUCGAAAUUAUUAUAAAUUUUGUGGGGACUCCUUUGGAGAAAGAUGGUGCCACAUAUAUGCAUAUUGAGGAAGUGAAUUCAGAUGCUGAACCCAAGCGCAUGAUAUAUAAAGUGGAAAAUCUAUUUAAUGGCGAUAAAGCUUUGGGUGAUAAUAUGAAUUUGUUUUUAAACGAAAAUUGGAAAGAAAUUUAUGCUGAAGUACGUGUUUCGAUAUGCAAGGCAUUUAGUGAAAUUUUUAAGGAUGUUAUUAAUGAGGUUUUCAGUAAAUAUCCUUAUGAUAAAUAUUUUAUUGAAUCUGAUGAUCCUAAACCUUGUAAAUAUGAGGAUUCGGAAUGUAUUAUAGAAAUAAUUAAUUCAUUAUUUAAGGAUAAAUUAGAUGGCGAUGACUCAAUAAAUUUGCAAUCACUUAAUCCAUUAAAAGCUAAUACCGUUAAUAUACAUCAGGGUAAAGAAAGUCCUGUUAGUUUGGAUUUGGUAUUGAAAAAUAACCUUAUGGGCUUCGGCAAAGAUUUAACUGGUAAACAUAGCAUUAUGUUACAUUCCGAUUAUAUGAGCGUAGUUGGUGAUUAUGAUAUUGAUGGUAAAAUUUUGAUAUUACCCAUUAAGGGUACGGUUGAUGUUGAAAUUUUUAUGAAUUUUGUGGGAACACCGAUGGAAAAAGAUGGUGCCACAUAUAUGCAUAUUGAGGAAAUGAAUUCGGAUGCUGAACCCAAGGGCAUGAUAUAUAAGGUGGAAAAUCUAUUUAAUGGCGAUAAAGCUUUAGGUGAUAAUAUGAAUUUGUUUUUAAACGAAAAUUGGCAAGAAAUUUAUGCCGAAGUACGUCUUUCGAUAUGUAAAGCAUUUGGUGAUAUUUUUAAGGAUGUUAUUAAUGAGGUUUUCAGUAAAUAUCCUUAUGAUAAAUAUUUUAUUGAAUAAAGUAACUACAUAUUA